AUGGCAGUGUCCAACAAAAUCUACCAGUACUCAGUCAUCAGUGCUCUUGCACAGGGUCUGUGUUCGGGAGGCCUUCCAGCAGCACAUGUACUGUCUAAAGGCGACCACGGCAUUGGCACACUCGCGGAUUUUGAUGGAGAACUUGUGAUCGUGGACAGUCAAGCAUACAAAUUCACUUCGGCAGGAGACGCGCAGCCCCUUGACUCCUCUGAAACAGUGCCCUUCGUUAUGACCACCUACUUCAAGCCCGCGAAGACUCAAAUGAUACACUCACAAUAUGCGGCCCGAGGUUGUAGAACAGCCCAUGCUUGUUGCUGUCGAAUGUUCAGUCUAGCCAUGGAAGGCUAA